GAGAAGAUACAGGCUUCAGUCCAACAUGGUCUACGCAGGGCCCCCACCCCCUGAGUAGGAGUGUUCAAACAACAUUUUUACAGCUAAGCAACAAAAAAUCAUCAUUAGCUUGACUUGACUUGGAAGACGUCACCUCUGAAUACUGCAACAAAGCAGCAACCUCAUCUAGGAUGCCCCUAUCCAGGCGAUGGCCUGUCCUGCUCACGUCAGUCACCCUGCUCCUUCUCGAGCUCUGUCCUGGACUGGCUGCUGAAGCCCCGACAUCCACCUGCUCAGGGUACCCAGGAAUUCCAGGCUCCCCCGGCAACAAUGGAGUUCCAGGAAGGGAUGGGAGAGAUGGGAAAGAUGGAAGAGAUGGAGCAAGUGGUCUUAAAGGGGAAAAGGGUGAGAAAGGGGAAAGUGGUGCCUUUGGACCCCCAGGGAAAUUUGGACCAUCGGGCCCAGCAGGGAUGAAAGGACAAAAGGGGGAACCAGGGCCUUCAGAACGAAGAUACAUUGACAAAUUGCAGUCAGAGGUUGACAUGCUUAAAAUCAGCUUGUCCAGACUUGAAAAAGCUGCACACUUUCAGUUCUUCAGAAGAUCUGGUAAUAAAUACUUUGGGUCCAAUAAGGAGCCUGGCACUUUUGAACAAGGAUUAAAGAUAUGCAGAGAUGCUGGUGGAAAAAUAGCCACGCCAGGAAGCCAAGUGGAAAAUAAUGCCCUUUCGAAGUUUCUCGCUGAAUCUCAGUACGCCUACAUUGGAGCAAAUGACAGAACCACCGAAGGGACAUUUGUGGACUUGGAAAAUAAGCCUCUUCAAUUUACCAGUUGGAAAGAUGGUGAACCCAAUAACUUUAAGGGAAAAGAAGACUGUGCUAUAAUACUCACAACUGGAAUAUGGAACGAUGUGCCAUGUGAUCUAAAGUAUAUCAUAAUUUGUGAGUUCUAAAAAGAAACAUAAAUAUUCUGUUGUUUUUUUUCGGAUUGUUCUACUUGUUUGUGGAAAAGCAAUCAUUGCUUUUAUAAUAAUACUUUUGCUUGUCAAAGAAAUGUUUCUUUUUACUACCAUUUAUAUAAUAUUAUAAUGUUUUAUAUAUUUUGUGUUAUGUUUGUUUUAUUUCUUGGAAAAUGGACAAGUGCAUUUAUUAAGCAUAUAUUUAGUCAAUUUUGGGUGGCUUUAUGGUGAAGUGGUUAGCAUUGCUUCACAACAAUGCGCACUGGGUCCAGUUCCCAGAGUGCUAAUCUGAGUGGAGUUUUGUUCGUUCUCUCCAAUGAUGUACCAGUAGGUUAUUUGGAUCCUGGAAAAAACAGGCCUUGGGAUAAGGGUGUGUGUCUGUGUGUGCCCUGAGAUGGACUGGCUUCCCAUUAAGGGUGUCUUCACCAUGAGCCUGUCGCUUGCCAGGCUAGGAUCCAGUGUCCCCUGCUGCCCUGUACUAGAUAAAAUGGUUAGAAAAUGGAUGGAUUAACAAUUUGAAAACAUAGAACAUCACUUAAAAUUAUUAAAGAUUAGAAACACCAAAUAAUGUGUCAUCUCUUCACUUACCACUGAAUUGAUAUAUUUUGCAAAAUAUGUUAUAUGAUGCACAAUGUUUGCCAUUUCCUUAAAAAUGUACUCCAGGUUUCCAAGAAGGAUUUACUGUAUGAGGAAGUUAUGUAUGCAAAAGAACCUAAUGUGUGUUUUUACCAGAAAAACACAAAGGAACUUUAUGUUCUUGUUAAAUACAUUAAGGGCUGGCUGUAUAGUAACCUGUAAACCAAUGUUAUCAUGCAGUGCAACAUACCUUUUUAAUUUGCUUUUGGACACAUUUAUAAAAUACGGGAAGACAACUGAUUAGUAUAUGUGAGAACUCACUGUAACACCACAUACUGUGACCACAUGAGCCAAAAUAAAGUCCAAUUACAAUCAUGAAUCAGAA